CACACGGCAUCCCUGUUGAAUAGAAUUCGCAAAGGUGGCAACCUCGCGCGGCGACUGAAUAAAAUAAAAUUGGAAUUGUAAAUUAUAAGUUUAAGCAAAAACAAUGGCUGCCACCCCAAGCGCUACCGGCAAGUCCGAGAUGAUCGACCUGACCAAGUUGAGUCCGGAACAGCUGAUUCAGAUCAAGCAGGAGUUCGAGCAGGAGAUGACCAACGUACAGGACUCGCUGUCGACGCUCCACGGCUGCAAAGCCAAGUACGCCGGCUCCAAGGAGGCGCUGGAAACCUUCCAACCGAACUGGGAGAACCGUCAGAUCCUGGUGCCCCUGACCAGCAGUAUGUAUGUGCCAGGACGGGUCAAGGAUCUCAACAACUUUGUCAUAGACAUCGGCACCGGCUACUACAUUGAAAAGGAUCUGGAAGGCGCUAAAGACUACUUCAAGCGGCGUGUGGAUUACGUGCAGGAGCAGAUCGAGAAAAUCGAGAAGAUCCACCUGCAGAAGACGCGCUUCUUUAACUCUGUGAUUGGUGUGCUGGAGAUGAAGCAGGCUGCUGCAGCGAAAUUGCUGCAGUCCCAGCAGCAGUCGGCGGCGGUUCCCCAAAGCUCCUAGACAACGGAGGGCGAUAGAGACACGGAGAUCAUUAAAUUAUUAAACUUAUAAACGAGAUGUGCGCAUUUAA